GUGCCUGAUGGGGCUCUGCCGAAGCUGGGAGCUGUCGCUGUUGGGGGUUCCCUCGUUCCUGCUGCCGCCGUCUCUGCCGCCUCAUGGCGGCCAUCGGAGUUCACCUGGGCUGCACCUCAGCCUGUGUGGCCGUCUAUAAGGAUGGCCGGGCUGAUGUGGUUGCAAAUGAUGCAGGUGACAGAGUUACUCCAGCUGUUGUUGCUUACUCAGAAAAUGAAGAGGUUGUUGGACUGGCAGCAAAACAAAGUAGAAUAAGAAAUAUUUCAAACACAGUAAUGAAAGUAAAGCAGAUCCUUGGCAGAAGCUCUGAUGAUCCACAGGCCCAGAAGUACGUCACAGAAAGUAAAUGUUUAGUCAUUGAAAAAAAUGGAAAAUUACGCUAUGAAAUAGAUACUGGAGAAGAAACAAAAUUUGUUAGCCCAGAAGAUGUUGCCAGACUGAUAUUUAGUAAAAUGAAAGAAACGGCACAUUCUGUCUUGGGCUCAGAUGCAAAUGAUGUAGUUAUUACUGUUCCAUUUGAUUUUGGAGAAAAGCAAAAAAAUGCUCUUGGGGAAGCAGCCAGAGCUGCUGGAUUUAAUGUUUUGAGGUUAAUCCAUGAACCGUCUGCAGCUCUUCUGGCUUAUGGAAUUGGACAAGACUCCCCCACUGGGAAAAGCAAUAUUUUGGUGUUUAAACUUGGAGGAACAUCCUUGUCUAUCAGUGUCAUGGAAGUUAACAGUGGAAUAUAUCGUGUUCUUUCAACAAACACUGAUGAUAACAUUGGAGGUACACAUUUCACAGAAACCUUAGCGCAGUAUCUAGCUUCUGAGUUCCAGCGAUCCUUCAAGCAUGAUGUGAGAAGAAAUGCCCGAGCCAUGAUGAAAUUGAUGAACAGUGCUGACGUUGCAAAACACUCUUUGUCAACCUUGGGAAGUGCCAAUUGUUUCCUUGACUCAUUAUAUGAAGGUCAAGAUUUUGACUGCAAUGUGUCCAGAGCAAGAUUUGAACUUCUCUGUUCUCCACUUUUUAAUAAAUGUAUUGAAGCAAUCAGAGAACUCUUAGAACAAAGUGGAUUUACAGCAGAUGAUAUCAACAAGGUUGUCCUUUGUGGAGGGUCUUCUCGAAUCCCAAGGCUACAACAGCUGAUUAAAGAUCUUUUCCCAGCUGUCGAGCUUCUAAAUUCUAUCCCUCCUGAUGAGGUUAUCCCUAUUGGUGCAGCUAUAGAAGCAGGAAUUCUUAUUGGGAAAGAAAACCUUUUAGUGGAAGACUCUCUUAAGAUAGAGUGUUCAGCCAAAGAUAUUUUAGUUAAGGGAGUCAAUGAAUCAGGAGCCAACAGUUUCACAGUACUGUUUCCAUCAGGGACUCCUUUGCCAGCUCGAAGACAACACACAUUACAAGCCCCUGGAAGUAUAUCUUCAGUAUGCCUUGAACUCUAUGAGUCUGAGGGGAAAAACUCUGCAAACAAGGAAAACAAGUUUGCACAGGUUGUUCUCCAGGAUUUAGAUAAAAAAGAAAAUGGAUUACGUGAUAUAUUAGCUGUUCUUACUAUGAAAAGGGAUGGAUCCUUACAUGUGACGUGCACAGACCAAGAGACUGGAAAAUGUGAAGCCAUCACUGUUGAGGUGGCAUCGUAGUGUUUUAGGGAAACCAUGGAUUUUUUUGAACUAGAGUAUCAACUUUUUGUUUACAAGUAAUGUUUAUAUUAAAAUACUUUUUGAAUGACCUGUAUAAUCUUUGUUUCUAUUAAACUACAAUAUAUUGGUAA